AUGAGCCCCACGGGGAAAUUUGUUGUGAGUACUGAGGAGGCAAUACUCAAAACAAAUGUGAGAGAGGCCACUGGCUCCAUAAUCCAUGGACGACAGACCAUUUGGAGACGAGCACAGAUGGGGCCUUACCCUGGGAACAACAGUGUGUCAGCAACAGUUGGUGACAGCGCUGUGCUCACCUGCCCUCACAGACCAAAUAUGAAUUUGGUAACAUGGAAAAUAAGCCCCAAGGUUGGAGGUCCCUGCGCCCUGGGCUACAGGGCUGAUCAGAACAAGACAGACAGAACAAACUGCAGUGACAGCCUGAACUGGAAAUUCAGACCAGAUCACGAUCCUGCCCUUGAGAUACGGCAAGUGGGAGUAGCUCAUGAGGGAAAUUACACCUGUGAAGUAGCAGCAAAAGAGGGGAAUUUCCACCAGACCUACCACCUG